CAAUUAUUGGUUAUUUUGUAUAACCUUAAAUAUACAGAUUUUAAUUAAUAAUCCAAAAAUCAGGUCUACUUGAACUUAUAAGUCCAUUAGAAGAUCUGGAUCCUGCCCUAAACUUCACCCAUCUCAGGUUUUAAAGGCUCUAGAUUGUUAUAUAGCCAUGUCAAGAAGGCCUGUAAAUCCUGCUCGACGCCUUAUUGAUGGUGGAAGCAUUCCUUUUAUAGGCGCAGCUCAUUCCAAAUCACGCUCACCACCCUUACUGCCUGUUAUACUUUUAGCAGUGGGUGCAGUUCUUAUCAUUGGCUAUUUGUAUAGUGGGUCAGGUGGAGGAAUCAGUGAAAAGGAGGCAUUGAUCAAAGUUGAAGGUGAUAUUUCAUGCACACAAGAAGUCCAGAGAGCAUUACCUGUUCUCAAGAAGGCUUAUGGUGACAGCAUGCGUAAAGUAUUGCAUGUAGGACCUGAUACUUGUUCAGUGGUAUCUACAUUGUUGAAAGAGGAGGAUACUGAGGCAUGGGGUGUUGAACCAUAUGACCUAGAUGAUAUUGAUGCCAACUGCAAGAGCCUCGUGCGAAAAGGCAUCGUGCGGGUGGCUGACAUCAAAUUUCCUCUGCCUUACAGGGCAAAGUCAUUUUCUCUAGUCAUAGUGUCUGAUGCUGUAGAUUAUUUGACGCCCAAGUACCUCAACAAAACACUUCCAGAAAUGGCAAGGGUAUCUGCUGAUGGUGUCAUUAUAUUUACUGGCUAUCCAGGUCAGCACAGAGCUAAAAAUGUGGAACUAUCCAGAUUUGGCCGUCCAGCCAAAUUGCGUAGCCCAUCUUGGUGGAUAAAGUAUUUUCUUCAGAAUAACUUAGAAGAUAAUGAAGGUGCCACAAAGAAGUUUGAGCAGGCUGCGGCAAAGAGGUCCUAUAAGCCAGCUUGUCAAGUUUUCCACGUGAAGUCACUUCAUUGAGAAUCUCUGUCAUUUUUCUCUCGCAGUGAACUUGCUAUCAAAAACUGAGAUGGCAAGAGACUUAGGCACCCAAAGGGUAAGUUAUAUUUCCUGGCAACUUCAUUGCCACAAUUUGUGUACUAAUCUUGAGAUAGUAGAUCUUUUGAUUUAAAUGUCACUGGGGAAGUUAGUUAACAAGAUGAGGCUUCCACCUAUAUGUAUUCUUUUGUUUGUGGUAUUUGCUCUUUAUUUUGAUGAUUAUAGAAUAGAAGUAAUGAUAGUUGUUUAAAUGGUGAGAAUUUAUUCUUUGUCAUCAUACGAAUGUUGCCGGACUUGGGAAGAAGCUGGAAGCUGGGUGAGAAAAACUCGGAAAGUUUUGCUGGAGCUAUAUUUUUGAGUCUAUAUCUGAACAAUGUAGUUCUUGGUGCCAUGAAUUGUAGAUGUAUAUUGAAAUGAUGAAAUUCGGUUGAUAAAUGUAUCCAGGAAUUAGCUUUGUGACA